AUGGAGAAGUCAGCCAUGGACAUUGAGAGGGCCUCCCCUAUCCCCUGGGACACAGACAGCCAGAAGAAGGACGUUCAGCUGCGGGUGACCCCGUCGGAGCUGAAGUUCCUGAACACGGUAGCUGGGAAAGUUUACCGCCUCCCGGUUACUGUACACAAUCUCGGCCGUUGGAACCAGAAGAUAAGGUUUCAAGAGCCAAUUAAACCACAGUUCAAACUGAUAUUGACCAAUCUGGAUAAGGCACUUGCUUCUGGUCUUCAUAUGACAGCUAUGGUGGAAUAUCAUCCUGAUAAAGAUGAAAAUACAUUCGACCAACUACAUAUUUCAAUAGGAAAUAAAGUAAUAGAAGUUCCUCUAAUAGGGAUGAUUCCAUCUUGUGAAUUGGAAGUUGCAUCAUUAGUUGAUUUUGGCACAUUAGUUGCCAAUAGUAAAGUGUAUUUUAAAGAGAUUAGAAUUAUUAACCAUGGCAAAGCUCCAGGUAUAUUUAAAACAGACUACCAGGGCCAACUACCCAUCCUCAUGUCUCCAGCUAGUGGUGUUGUGGAGGCUAAGUCAUCAAUGAUUCUCAGAGUGAAUUUCUGUGCAGACCAGCCCAGAAUUGUAAAUGAAGUGGCAAAAGUGAGUUUGCAAGGACGUCCUGAUAUACACUUCAGUAUCAAAGCUCAUGUAGUUGAACAGAUUAUUGAAUUGUUUAACAUGAACAGUGAUAAAAAGUUGGAAUGCAUACGCUUUGGUUCUGUUUUCUUUGGAACAUCAAAAAUUGAACAGGCAGUUCUAUAUAAUAAUAGCCCAGAAUCCAUAAAUUGGGUGGCAAUAAUUCAAGAUGAUUCUGUUGGAGAAGAAAUGGGUACAAAUAUUCGACAAAGAACAGAUGCUGCUUUAAAUAAUCUCACCUACUUAAACAAAAUAAAGAAUAUAGAUAUUACCAAUUUUAUCUUCUGUGUCCCGAAUGAAGGGACUUUACUACCUUAUCAAAAGGUUAUAAUUACAUUUUGUUUCAGCCCAAAGCUAGUAACUGAUGGUAAAAAAGAUAUUGACCCUUCACACAGGCAAGACUAUGCUGUCUUUUUGAGAUUUGAAUCUGUAGGAAGUAAAGAUGGAUUUUUGAGAGAUGAUAACUAUAAAACCAUCAAAAGUGAUCAAUUUCAGAAAGUGGAAUUAGCACUGACAGGCUCAGGACUUCCUGUCUUAUUACAUUUUGAUCCAGGAAAAGUCCUUAAUUUUAAACCUUGUUUCGUGGGUGAACGUUCAGACAUUCUGUGCAUUGUACAAAAUCGAUCUAAAUCCCUUCCUGUGACAUACCGUUUUCAAAAAACUGCACAUUUUAAAAUUGAUCCUGAAAAGGGCAAGAUACAUGAAGGAUGUAUCCAGAAUGUGAUGUGCUCAUUUAUUCCACAUCAAAUUGGAAAGUUUAAAGUGAAGCAGGUGAUAGAUAUUAUUGGCCCAGUGGCAGAUGAAAAUUUGCAGUCUUCAUCAAUGAAACCGUUUUAUCACAUAUAUUUAGAAUUCAAUAGCAUCUGCAAACCUUUCACUAAGAAAGUUGUGAUGAAAAUUAAUCCUGGUAUAUCCCCUUUGAUCACUAAUCCCAUCGGACAUUUUGUGGUCAGUGAUUUGGAAAAUUAUAAGGUCCAGGCACCUGUAGCAAUGCUUCAAUCAGCCAUGACACACAUUCAUGAUCAUCGAACAAAUGAGGAAUCAAUGAAGGAUGCACUAAUAGCCUUUCCUAAUGACCGAGCUGCAAGUAUCAGGUCUGAAGACAACCGUAAACAUUUCAGGACAAUUUUCACAAAGAUUCCAAGACAUACUUAUGUGGAUCCUGAUUUUGCAUAUACUGACUUUGAAAAACUAGAAAAGAAAGCACAUCAAAAUUACUAUGACAAUUAUAUUAAAUAUUUAAGAAGUGUACGACUACAGAAAGAAGAAGAGAGGAAAUGCAUAUAUUCAUAUAACUAUACAGACAUAGGCAUAGAGCCAGCAUCAGGUCUAAAGUCACCCUCCCUCUCAGAAGUGGAAAUAGAAGAGUCCCAAUCUUCAGCUGAGUGUCUGAUCAAAGCUAAUCAAUUGUUAAGUACCAAGAAAAUAGCAUCCAAGGAAAUGGAAUCCCUGGAAAGAAAGGUUCUCGAAGAACUUAAGGCAUACCCAUCCACUCUCCAUGAAAAACAUGAUUGCAGCUUAAUAUUGACACCAAAGCAAAUUCAUCAAGUAAUUGUUGGGCCCUCUGUCCUUAACUUUGGUGACGUUUCUGUGAACUCUACAAAUACUCAUUUAUUACAUGUCAUUAAUAUGCUACCUAUGUAUAUUUUGAUCAAGUUAGAUACUAAUUUGGAAGAACUUCAGAAAACCAAACAGUUAUCAUAUGUGAUUCCACCUACAUCUAAUACUUAUAUUUCAAUGAUAUUUGAAUCUCCUACAACUGGAAAAUUUUGGAAAUCUUUUACCUUUACAGUGAACAGCGUACCUGGAGGGCAUAUCUUAGUGAUGGCAAAUAUCAUGCCAGUAACACUUGAGCUAUCGCUUCAGGAAUUAGUAUUGAGACCACAAAGCUUCUUGAUGAAAACAUGUUUUCGGGGAACAGUUAGAUUGUAUAAUCGUCAGAAUCGUUCUGCCCAAUUUGGAUGGCAACCAGUAAACACAAUAAAAGGGAUGGCAUUUUCCAUUCGCCCAGCUACAGGCACUGUUGAAGCAUAUUCAUCACUGGAAUGUGAAGUAAUGUGGCAGCCAAGUUUCAAUUCUCCAGAAAAGGGGGAUUUUAUUCUUAAUGUCUCUGAAGGAAACACAUUGACACUAAAAUGUGUUGCACAUAUUGGUCACACCAAGGUUGUAUUUUUGGAGCCAAGAAUACUGUUCAGUAAUAGUCCUCAAGGCUUAACAACUUGGAGGAAAGCCAUAUUACACAAUGUAGGAAAAAACCAUGCUUACUUCAAGGUUUGUGACCAGAGUCUUUUGCCCACCAUUAAGAUUAUUCCAUCAAAAGGAAUAAUUCCAUUUGGGGGAAUAACUAUUCUUAAUAUCUCCUAUACACCCGCUAUGGCAGAAAAAUUUGAUACAAAAGCAAAGGUUGCUAUUCGCCAUGCAAAUAUCAUAGACCUUAGGAUUGGUGGAUCUGUUGAGAUUGCUAAUAUUGAAAUAAACCCGAAUGUAUUUAAUUUCAAUGGCACUUAUGUUGGUGCUACCCAAAUUAUUCCCUUUGUAAUAAAAAACAAAGGUAUAACACGUGCCAUAGUGGACUUUGAUUUUAAAAACUUUCCAGAUUUUUCAAUGGAUUUUAAGGACAAAUCAGGAGAAGUCCCAAGCCCUGCAGUUCCUGGUAUAUAUUCCUUGAAGAUAGAAGAAAACACAUCUUUGGAAUGUGGCAUAUCAUUUUCUCCCAAAGAAGUGGCAACAUAUGACUUCAGCAUUCAAAUUUAUAUUAAUUCCUUUAAGGCUUCAGAACUCUACACUGAAUGUUUGUCAAUGAAAAAUUCUGAUUUGCCAAAGACCACACCACUUAUCAAACCAUGUUCUGUUCAAGCAACUGUAUUACAAGCACCAUUGAAUUUAUCCAGUACUGAGUUUGUAUUUCACAUUCCUUUACAUGAGAUGGAGGCUAAUAAAAAGGUCAACAAAACUCAGGAUCUUCUCUUACAUAAUAUCUCAAAACAAGAUGUACAAUGGACUUUGGAUUUUAGUGAUAAUGAUAAACCUUUCAAAAAUGGCACAUUUGAGUUUAGUAUACUGACUGGUCAUCUGCAACCAGAUGAAAAGUGUAAUGUUACCAUAACUUUCUGUCCAAGUGAGCAUAUAAAAUACACAGUUAAUAUUCCUAUGUAUUUAAAUGACAAUCCAGUUUGCUACAGAGUAUUAUGUCUGACUGGAGAGAUACAAUCACCAAAAUUAUUGUUUGAUCCACCAUUUAUAUUUUUUACUCCUGUUCCUUUGGAUGUAACAACUGGGAUGGAUAUCAACAUUUUACCCCAGAACUAUUUCAGAAGUUCAACUCUAAAUUUCCAGAUUCCUUCAGUAAGGCUUCUUGAUAAUGAUGAGAUUCACCCUCUUUCUGUGAUGUUUCCAAAAGGCAGAAUCAUCACAGGAUCCAACAAUGGAAUUAAUAAUGAGCUGUUUUGCCACCUCAGUUUCAAAUCAUCUAAACCGGUGUCAUUUUUCACCAACAUUCUUUUCUAUGAUGAUGGAGAUAACUGGUUUUCACUUCCAGUUACAGCAACAGCAGAAAACUGUAUUCUUACUAUAUAUCCAUAUUUGGCAAUUCAUCUUGAUAAGCAAAAAAUUAUUUUAAAGGAUGAUAAAGAUGGAAAUCCUAUGAAGUCUAGAGGCAGUUUUAUGUUUCCCCACCAGGAUGUCGAAUUACCCUCUUCUGCUUCAAUAAAUAUGACAUCCACUGCUACUAAAUUUAAUGAUGCUGAACUUACAAGUGGAAACUUAUUUGUUGGAAUGGACACAUUACAAGAAGAUUUGGACUUUGAUGAAAGCAAAACACCAAAAAUGGCAGAUGAUGGAAAGGAGGAGAAAAAUGAGCAAUUCUUUUCUCUGGAAGAAGGAUCAAAGGCAUAUAACUUCUUUCAGAAGGUUGUAAAUGCAGCCCAGACAUGGUUCAGUCUCUUUGGCUGGCCUGAAGGACCUCAUUCUCUUUCCAUUCCAGAGACUAUAAGAAGGGAUGUACAAAAAAUACAAUUUUACUCAACAACCUCAUCAUCCAAGAAAUAUGCCAGGCAGAAUGAUUUUACCAAAUAUAAUAAGACUAUUUAUGAUGUGCUGCUCCACUUGAGUGGAAGAAUGCCACCUGGAAUUAAUUCAAGUCAAUCUUUACCCAUGGAUAACCCUGAAAGAAUAACUCAACUUUAUUUUCAACAUUCCUCACUUCUGGAAUUUCUCAAUGCUCAGGGAGGAUGUAUUUCUCAUGUACUGCCAGAAUUUCUGCUUGAACCCCAAGAUUAUAAGAAGUGGCUGGAAAUAUCAUCUUCCAGUAAUACCACACCUCUGAGUUCCUGUGCAUCUAAGGAAAAGUGUUCUGUUAUUAUAGAUAUGGAUAAGUUUGAAGACUGGAGUAAACGGGCAUGGACAGAUGUAUUUCUUCAAAUAUACAAGGUUCUGGUCCUAUCCCGAGUUACACCACAUUGUAGCAGUAAUGCACCCCACAUACAUGUGAAAAAUACACCAAAAAUCAAUCCUACUUUUAUAUCCAGCAAUAUAUAUUCUAGUUCCGAGAGGAUUCUGCUAAGUUGGUUAAACACAAAUUAUGAGAAUACUCGACAUAUUAUAUGGGAAAACUGUCAGAAAGAUUCUGUUCCCUCUGAAAGAUGGAUAGUAAAUUUUGACAAAGACCUUUUAGAUGGCCUUGUUUUGGCAACACAGUUGGCAGCCUAUUGCCCAUUUUUGAUCAAGUCUCAUUUUGUAAAUAUGUACACACGACCAAGACGUCCUGAACAGUAUCUUCACAAUUGUCUGAUUAUUAUAAAUAGUCUUUAUGAAAUUGGCUUUGACUUGAACAUACAGGCCACUGACAUCUGUGAUCCAAAUCCAAUCCUGAUGCUCAUGCUUUGUGUCUAUAUGUAUGAAAGGCUCCCUACAUAUCUCCCCAAGAAGGUGGUGCCAUUUCAUUGUACUCUCUAUGACACUGUAAUAAGACAGAUUGUAUUGAAAAAUUCAAGCAUGAAAAACUUAGUGUAUAAUGCUACAAUUGUUGGAAGAGAUGCUGCUGACUUCUCUCUUGCCCAAGCAGGGAAUGUUGUGACUAUUUCUCCAAAAAACCAAAUUAAUAUCACUCUGAAAUUUACCAGUCGCUUCCUCCAUCCUGCUGAAGCUUCACUGCUCUUAAUUUCUAAACCUAAGUGUGGAAUAGGAGGCGUUACAAUGACUUUUGCUCUAAAGGGUGAAGUCCUUGAUUUUAAAGCAAUUGAAAUUCUGAAAUGCAAAACUCCAUGUUAUCAAUGGAAGAAAGUUACUAUAAAUGUGAAAAACCCCUUCCCGACUGCUGGAGACUUUAGUGUCAUUUUGGUGGAAUCCACAACAUUUGUCUAUUUGCCAUCACAAUUAACUGAAUAUGGACAACACAUAAGCCAUGAUAUUGUGAACAAAGAAGGCAGCAUUCCAACAGCACUGACUCAGGUCUCUAAGCUAGCAAAACAUUCAAUUAAAUCCAAUUUCAUCAGAGAGUUCUUCUGCUCUGUACAAAAUCUUUCCCUGGAAGGAAGAGGAUCUUCAAGCCUGGAGCUCUACUAUCUUCCAUUUGACAUCCACAUACGCUACUGUGCCAUCAUCUUGAACAACAAAGAGGUGAGAACAGAACUGGUUUAUGCUUCUAUCAUGGCCUGCCACU